AUGCCUCUCGUCGUUCCCGGUAUCAACUCAACUUCUGGCGACAAGGCCGAGGAAUGGACCAACAAGCUCGUCGGAAAGAAGCUUUCUGAUGAGGAGUCAUCCACUGAGACGGUGUUUGCCAAGCGAGACCUCCCCCAGGAGACGCGUGUUAUCGAGCCCGGAAUGAUGGUCACAAAGGACUUCAAGGAGGAUCGACUCAACGUCCACCUCAAGGAUGACGGAACUGUCUCACAUGUUGUCAAGGGAUAA